CAAUAUGAAACAUUAAAAAAAAAAAAGAAGGAAUAUUACAAAAAGGAAAUUAAUGAGAGUGACAGCCACUAAGUAACUUUUGGAUGUCAGAACAGAACAGCCUUCAUGAUGUCAGAGACUGGAGAGCGGAGCAGAAGACAAGGAGCACAUCCAUGACCAUAAGUCUGAUGAUGAUGACAAAACAGGACAUAAAUUUUGCCUAGCAAAGAAAUCAAAGAAAACAAACUACCUUUCCUUGCCUUUCUUUCGUCUCUUCUUCUUUCUAGUUCCUGGAAUUAACCCACCGGAAAGCUGACUUAAGACAAUGGACGUUGACUUCUGGCCAUUUAAAGCCCGCUCUGCCAAGGAUCUCUCUCUAGUUCAUGCUGCUCGUCUCAAAUCUGAUGGACAUUAUGAUGAUUUUGAGAGAGAUGAAGAUGCAAAAGCAUGCUUUCCAUGCCCCUUCUGUUAUUUGGAAAUUGAGAAUCAUGCUUUCUGCAACCAUUUGCAGGAAGAACACUGCUUUGACUUGAAAAAUGCGGUUUGUCCUCUAUGUGCUGCAAAUCUUGGUAAAGAUGUGAUCAGCCAUUUCAUAGUGCAACAUGCUAGUUCAUUAAAGCGAAGGAGAAAAUCCCAAAAGUCUGGUGUCUGGCUUGGUAGUCCUGCUACACUUGGCAGGGAACUGAGCUCAUUUAUUGGGUCCUCAACUGGUGGUCGGGGUAAUGCACAUGAAUCUGCACCUGAUCCGUUGCUUUCACCUUUUCUCUGUAAUGCUCCUGUUUCAGACACUAGGGAUGUUCAACGAGAUAAAUGCUCUGCUGAUGAAGCCACUGUUGCUUCUAAUUUGAGAAGAAUUGAACCACCUUUGCUGGACAAAGAUCAUGAACAGAACACAGAAGAGAGAAGGCAAAGAGCCGCAUUUGUUCAACAGCUGGUCAUGUCAACCAUCUUCUAAGGUUAGUAUCUAGUCCUUUGCAUUACAAAUGUUACGCAGGAGCAAGGUCUUUGUUGAUCAGUUGCCGCCUGCCAUGCAGCUCACCUGGGUAUGUUAAUCAACACUGGGUUUUUAGCACCGGUGAUGGUUCUAGGAAGUCGGUCAUUAUAAUAAUAAUCAGUAUGAUUUGGGGGUACAGGUGGUGACGUGUUCAUCAAAAGGCAAUUUAUGUAUUUUUGUAUGAUGUCUGCAGUUAAAUAUAUUAGAAUGUAGGCCAUUUAAAGGCCACAGCUUAUAAGGAGUGUAGUAACCAACUCUAUUUAAUUUUUAAAGCAGAGUUAUGUC